AUGAGACUUAAGUCUUUCAAGCCACUUUUCCCACCUCUUGUUGCACGAGUCCGGUUUUUCCAAAGCUUGUUGCAUGAUCUUGGCCGAGCAGCUAUUGCUGUUAGGUUUACUGUCACUCCAGGUUUAUUUCCUUCCCUCCGCUCCCCUGAGCUCGAGCUCGGGAAUCCUAAAGCGGAAGCUUCAAACACCUCUAUCUGCACCUCCAGGGAGAUAUAA